CGGCGGGGCAGUGGCGCUGGUGGACAGCUUCUCCUUGCGCUCCUUCUGCUCGGGUUCCGCACGGUCCCGGCUACAGUCCCGCUCUCCCGGAGCCCGCCGUCCUUCUCUCGGUUCCGGGGUCCUGUGCGCCCCCGCAGCGCCCCCGCAGGCCCGGCUGAAGCACCCCAGGACCAGGAGCAGCAGCGCGGUCCGGCGGGCGAUGGCUCCCUGGCUCGGGCUAGUUGUGUUGCUGGGUAGCUGGAGCCUGGGGCCCUGGGGCGCCGAGGCAUGCACGUGCUCGCCCAGCCACCCUCAGGACGCCUUCUGCAACUCCGACAUUGUGAUCCGAGCCAAGGUGGUCGGGAAGAAGCUGGUGAAGGAGGGGCCCUUCGGCACCAUGGUCUACACCAUCAAGCAGAUGAAGAUGUACCGAGGCUUCACCAAGAUGCCGCAUGUGCAGUACAUCUACACGGAGGCCUCCGAGAGCCUCUGCGGCCUGAAGCUAGAGGUCAACAAGUACCAGUACCUGCUGACAGGCCGCGUCUAUGAUGGCAAGAUGUACACAGGGCUCUGCAACUUUGUGGAGCGGUGGGACCAGCUCACUCUCUCACAGCGCAAGGGGCUCAACUACCGCUACCACCUGGGGUGCAACUGCAAGAUCAAAUCCUGCUACUACCUGCCCUGCUUUGUGACCUCCAAGAACGAGUGCCUGUGGACCGACAUGCUCUCCAACUUUGGCUACCCGGGCUACCAGUCCAAACACUACGCCUGCAUCCGGCAGAAGGGUGGCUACUGCAGCUGGUACCGGGGCUGGGCGCCCCCAGACAAGAGCAUUAUCAAUGCCACGGACCCCUGAGCCCACCCCAUCCUCCGUGCCCCUCCCUCCCCGCUGAGCUCCCCUCGGACACUAACUCUUCCCAGAUGAUGACAAUGAAAUUAGUGCCUGUUUUCUCUCAAAUUUAGCACUUGGGACACGUAAGAAGUCUGUGCUGUCCACAGAGUUGAUCCGGAGCUCUCCUCCCAGCCCCCUAACCCUUCUCUCUUUGCUUUUGACAUCACCCGUUUUCACCCUGGGGAUUUCUGGCCUCCUGCCGGAAACAAUGAGGAAUGUAGACGCCUCUUCCUUGUGAUAUAUAAUCUAUAUUUUUUUAGGAAAACAAAAAUCAAAAAAUCUACCCUCUUUUGGCCACUGUAGCAGCUCCUCCUCUUCCUGUUUCCUGCUUGACCUUCCCCCGCACCCACAGCACAUAGAGGACGCAGACAGGAAACUGCGGAAGCUGACUGCUUCUGGGUCAGUCUGAGCAGCCAACAGCUAGACUCCAGGUAGGCGGAAGAGCUCGUACCCGAGGAGACACUGCUGCACAUCCCAGAAGGCCUGUCUGUGUCUGCCUGCCCUUCAGUGCCGGCAGGGUACAGCACAGCCCCGCCAUGACACUGGGCUGCCCGACUGUUUCUCAGUCUGGGGCAAGUUCUGGCCAGAGGCACAGAGCUAGCUCAGGCGUCAAGACAGAAGAAUCUAAGGCCAGCAGCAGCCUGCCUCAUGCAGCUGGAGUGAGAGGCCUCCCUUUCCCUACGAGCCCCUGGCCACGCGAGGGAGGCCCGACCCGCGUGAGGUGCCAGUGUGUGAAGCGGGAGACACACACCCUGUACCACCACAGACAGGCAGCUGGGCCUGGGGAGGGAAUGCCUUUCUGAAGUAGUGUGUAGCUCACAGGGGACGUGUCUGUGUCCACACCUGCACAGACCUAUGUGUGGGGACAUAAGCUAAGUUUCUGCAGGACACAGAGUUCUAUUGACUGCUGUUAAAUAUACCAAUAGUUUAAUCUCCUCAACUUUGUUGCUGUUGCUUGCUGGAUGAAAACCGUGACAUUCCAAGUUGACUUUUUUCAUUUUAAUUAAAAACUGAGAUUCUGAGUACCCUCGGCACCCUCUUUUCCCUUUACCUGGGGCACCCUGACUUCCCCUUUUCUUCUGCUUCACCUUUGGGGGCCUUCACUUAACUGCCUUACUGGCCUGGAGGGACGGCAGGUGACAAGUUCUGUGGGCCAGCACCCUUUGUCCAGGAGGGACCCCAGAGUCCAGCCUCAGCUGGAAGGCCGCCUCUCCCCCAGGCCCAGGGACAGCCUGCUCCCCUCCCUGCAUCCCUGGCUGGUGAUGCCGCCUCCUAAGGUCCUCGGCCCGCGGAGUGACACGGGGUGGUCACUCGGGAGGCCUGACUGCAAUCAACUGUAGGAUUUUGUUUUUUUUUUUUAAAAAAUAAAACUAUAAUAUAAAUCCUCCUAUUAAAUAAAAAUAUUUUAAGUUUCAGUGUCACAGUGAGAUGCUGAGAGUGACAGUGUAUCUAUUACUGAGCUGGGGAUGAUAGGACGCUGACAUUUAACACGCCUGCUGUCUCCUUUCCCAGACUUGGGGUACUUCUCCCCUGCUAGUGUUCAGAUCUUUAGUUCACUGUAUUUUAGGUGUCAGAACUGUCAAGUGAAGAAAAGGGAAAAGACACAGACAAGUCCCAGUGACGCAUGCACGCACGCCCCGCCAGGGCCAGUAUGGUCUCGACGCGCCUCAGGACUGGUCCGAGAACCUGCUCACCUCCCUGUGGGCUGCACUGGACCAGGGGAAGUGGGAUGUGUGGUCUCUAUAGGUGGGGGCAGAAGGAGCCCAAGUCUGCACCCCAGGAGUUUAGGCGUGAGCCCCAGACCUGGUGCUUGGGACUGCCUUUAUUUCAACCUGAGUCCGCACGGUGGAGCUCUACCUGACCCACACAAGUGCUCUCCCCUGUGGGCACCAGCGUGUCUCCUCUGAGGCACCUGGCCAUUGCUGGCCCCGGGACAGCCCCCAUCCCUGCCCCACAGUGAGGCACUUGAGGCAAAGCCUGGGCACAAGUCACCUGAAGCCUCCGAACUGCAGAGCAAUAGCCAGUGGAGCUGUAGCCCAAACCGAAGGGCCUCUGCACAGUGACAUGUCGGAGGGCAGGCCUGGAGCUUUCUACAAGCAAUAGCUUUGUGUAUUUCACCUGCUCACUCACUGUAUAAUUUAAAGUCAUUUAUGUAGCUGAGACACUUCUGUACCACAAUCAUAUCGUGAAUGUUUUAUUUUGCUAAAUCUCGUGUCAUGCAGGCUGCAAUACACGCACAUUGUGUCUAAGAGAGAAAAAGUGGUGUCCACAUGCGGCGUUUUCCUGACUCAAAUUCUGCGGGGGGGGGGGGGGAAGGACUUCUCCUGGGCAGGCAACGAGACUGGCACAGUGUGGGGACUAGAAGGCGCAGAGAUGGCUUCUUCCCUACGCAAACCGCAGGUAUUCCCCAAGUACAGAGGGCGGAAAAACACAAAAUAUGCUCUUGCUUUAUGACAGUUGGCCUGGGACACAGGUGGCCUCCUCCCCCUUCCGCUCUCCAGGUCCUUCCCUCCACUUGACCAGGAAGCUAGGAUUUCUCCUAAAAGUCCAGGGUCGUGUGAACUGCGACCCUGAGUUCUCUUUGCUUCCUCUGGGCAUUUCUGCUGCCUGCAAUCAAGGAAGCCACACACCCAGGCUCUUGUCUAUCAGGCCAGUGGUCUGUGAUGGCCAGGAGGUGAUGCUGAGGCCCUGUGCCUUCCAGCUGCAGCCCAACAGGCCUCACCAUGACAGCCAUAGCCCACAAGCACCAUUUUUCAUAGCAUGGCUCCUGAACACUGCAAGAAGCCAACAACCUCUUUGAACAGCUCUUCUGGGAGGUCCUGUGGCCCCCGGAACAGGACCCCGCCCUGCCCUGGCCUUCCCUUUCAUCUGUGCAUGCUGACCAGCAGUGCAGAUCACCCGUGAGGGCACUUGAGUAUGUGGCUCCUGGCUACCUAAAGCAAAGACAUCACUGGAGCAUGCGCCUCAGAGAGAAGCGGCCUCAGAACCUAACAGCAGACGCACCACAAAGGCAUCAUGGAGGGGUGGGGAGCAACCACCUUGAAAUGGGCUCUUUGUGGGGACGGGGAAGGGAAGAGGUUGGAAAUGUCCAUGUGUUGGGGGAGGGCUCCCCAGAGUUCCCAGCCCACCCUUCCCUCCAGCCAGUCUGCACUGCCAGGACCCAGAAGUGACGGAGAGAAACCAACCAGAGAAAUCCUGUUUAGAAAGAAUGUAUUUGUUGCUAAAUUCUGUAGCACUGUUUACAGUUUUCCUCCAUGUUAUUUAUGAAUUUUAUAUUCCGUGAAUGUAUAUUGUCCUGUAAUGUUGCAUAGUGUUCACUUUUAUAGUGUGUCCUUUAUUCUAAACAGUAAAGUGGUUUUAUUCCUAUCACA